AUGUCGGAGCCUAUUAUCCGUGAGCCCGGACUUUCAACGAUCCACCCUGAAUGGGAAGCAUUCGAGAAACAGUUUCCUAUUCCUCCCCUACUCGGAUCCCCCCAGCAACUUCGCGAAUUGAAAUUCCCCAAAUCCGAUAGCCCUCCUAUCGGAUUCUCUAUCAGAGAUGUUCAAGUCCCAGGCUAUCAGGGCGCUACCAACCAGCUGCGCCUUUAUACUCCGGAUAAUAGCUCCGAGCCUCUUCCAAUAGUCAUAUACGUCCAUGGCGGAGGGUGGACAAUGGGAGACUUGGAUUCAGAGGAUAAGGUUUUUGAGAAUAUCGACUCUUUGGGGGGUGCCAGUGAUAAGAUCAUCUUAGGCGGCCUCAGUGCCGGUGGAAACAUUGCAGCCGUUCUCGCACAGAGAGCCCGAAGCGCCGCAAACAUUACAUUUCGCGGACAGAUACUGCGUGUUCCUCUCGUGGUGCAUCAGGAUGCCCUACCCCGUGCUGAGUUCGACUUUUCUAGCUACACUGAGAACGCCACGGCACCUGUUCUCCCGACUGCAGCGGUCACUCAGUGUCUCGGCUACUACGGGGCUCCUCCAGAGGACAUACGCGUGUCUCCACUUCUAGCAAAGGACUUUUCGGGUCUGCCGCCAGCUUAUAUCCAGGUCGCUGGAGCUGACCCCCUUCGAGACGACGGAUUCGCAUAUGCUGAGAGACUGCAGCAAGCAGGGUGA